CGGUUGUAAUUUUGUUAGACGAAUGGACGUUAGUUUCUAGCUUAAACACAGUUUUUAUUAAACAAUUAAAAUGUAAUAUAUUCUAUGGCUUAAACAACGUUAACGUUCGAAUUGUCGAUAAGUUUUUUUAUCGAUUUAAUCACCAGUCAUAAUUACCCAUACAUUCAGCAAUAUUCCUUUUAGUGCACAAACUGAAUAAAACAAAAAUUUCGACUAAUUAUAUUGUUUUACAGUAUUAUUCAUUCAAAAUGUACCCGUAUUAAUUUAGUCCGGAAUUUAAGACAAACAGAAAAUGGUAUUAUUUAGGAAACUAUUGCAUAAACCUCUGUAUAGUUGUUGCAAGCAACAACUAUGCUCUGAAGCAUUCAAAUACAACCUAAAGAACAAAUCUUCUCUAGCGCCUAUAUAUAGGUUAGCAUAUCAAUGGCCGAACAAAAUCGCAAUUGUCGACAAAUCAGGAGAGCAUACAUACUCAUCGAUAUUCAACAGCAGUGUCACAUUAUCCAAAAUUUUAAAAAAAUCAUUACAUGGUGAAAUUCAAGAACGUGUAGCAAUUUUAUGUCCAAAUGAUGCUUCAUAUGUUGUUGCCCAAUGGGCUUCUUGGAUAAGUGGACAAAUAGUUGUUCCAUUAAGUCCUCUGCAUCCAUCACCUAUGCUUGAAUAUUAUCUAAAUGAUAGUGAUACUAAAGUCAUAUUAACAACAGCACAGUUUGAAAAUAUCGUACAACCUUUAGCAGAAAAACUUCAACAAAAAUAUCUUUUAUUGGAAGACCAUGUUACUAUGGAUUUUAAACCACUUGGUAAAACAUCAUUUGAAGAAAAUGAUGAAGUAAAAAUGCUCAAUAUUGAGAAUAAUAUAAGUGAUGAAGAGUAUUUUGAUUUAAAUGCCAUGAUUAUUUAUACAUCUGGAUCAACUGGUCCACCUAAAGGUGUAACAUUAACACACAAAAAUUUAAAUUCACAAAUUAAUUGUUUGAAAACUGCCUGGAGUUGGACUAAUAAAGAUGUAAUCCUCCACGCUUUACCUUUAAAUCAUAUCCAUGGUAUUGUUAAUGGCCUUAUGUGUCCACUUCACUCAGGUGCAAGAUGUGUAAUGCUUCCAAAGUUUAAUGCUGCUGAUGUAUGGACAUGGAUUUUAGCUAUAGAGCAGUAUUAUGGAUACAGAGUUAACAUGUUUAUGGGUGUACCAACUAUGUAUGUAAAACUUAUAGAAAAUUAUGAAAAUGUAUUUGAAAAAAAUGAUAGAAUGGUAGAGUAUGUAAAAGCUGUUUGCUCCCAAAAAAUCAGAUUAAUGGUUAGUGGUUCAGCACCGUUACCUAGUACUCUGUACAGCCGGUGGGAACAAAUUACAGGUCAUCAACUAUUAGAGAGAUAUGGCAUGAGUGAAAUUGGAAUGGCUUUAUCUAAUCCUCUAAAUGGCGAAAGAAAACCAGGUUUUGUUGGUCAACCUCUACCUGGUGUAAAUAUUCGGAUUGUCAAAGAUGACACUGUAUUAAUAGAAGGUAAUGACAAAAAUAUAGAAAUUAUUAAUCCAGUGAACAAAGGCGAAAGUUAUAUUGGUAAUUUGCUAGUAAAAGGAGAAAAUGUAUUUAAGGAAUACUGGCGUAAACCUGAAUCGACUAAAAAAGAAUUUACCGAAGAUGGCUGGUUUAAGACUGGUGACACUGUUGAGUAUGUAGAUAAUAGUUUUAAAAUAUUAGGUCGUACAUCAAUUGACAUAAUUAAAACUGGAGGUUUUAAAGUCAGUGCAUUAUUUAUUGAAACAACUAUGUUGCAAAACCAAACCAUAAAGGAUAUUGCUGUGGUUGGAUUACCAGAUAGUACAUGGGGACAAAGAGUGGGAGCUUUGGUUGUUUUAAGUGAACCAAAUACAAAUAAUGUUGAACCUAAAAAAUCAAAAAAAGAAUUAAAAUCUUGGGCUGAAACUGUAUUACCACCUUACAGUGUACCAACAGUGAUUGAAAUCGUUGAUGAAGUUCCAAAAAAUGCUAUGGGUAAAGUAGACAAAAGAUCUUUGUUGAAAAAUAAUUUUUCCAAAUAUUUGGAAUCAUUUUAAUUAAUUGUUUGGGUUAUCUGUAAUAAAUUUAAA